CGUUGGUGUAUGCAGUGCUGCUGAAGCGAUGCUACGGAUCCCCUCCUCUUGCUGCAGAGUGUGUACCGUUAAUCAAAAGACUCGUGUAUAAACGGAUAUAUGUUACUUCAUUUGGCUCCGUUUAUUUCCACCAGAGUUAUUUUCGGUGUAGGAGGACUCGUGCAGCUGAACUUUACUCAUGUGUGUGCACUCUCAUUGUCGUGUGUGUCUGCUUUCCCCCUCUCUUUCAGUAGGACUUCACCAUCUUCCCUCCUGUCUGUCUGGUUGUAAUGCUCUGACGGACCCUUCCUUCAUCUACCGUCGAGAUGAAUAUGAAUAGCUUAUUAAACCAGUGGACUCCGAUCCCCAGGAUGUGCGAGGUAGACGUAUCGUCUGAGCCUACCAGCCCUACUCUGUACGCCGAGUCAUCGGAUGCGUACUACCAUGUGGACCGCUGGCAGAAGCUCCGCACGGCCGUGCGUAAGCUGGAGUUCUGGGAGAACUUCAGCCAUGAACUCAUCGGAAGUGGAUUCUUCUCCAGUGUCUACAAGGUGAUGCACAACAGCACAUGCAAGGUGAUGGUGGUAAAGAUUUAUAAGAACGACGUGGACCAGGACAGCAUCGUGAGGGAAAUCAGCCUCCUACAGAAACUCUCACACCCCAAUAUAGUCCGGUAUCUGGGUAUCUGUGUGAAGGAGGACAAACUGUACCCAAUUCUGGAGUAUGUUAGCGGAGGGUGUCUGGAAGAGCUGCUAGCUCGGAAAGAUGUUCCUCUCUGCUGGAGGGAAAAGGUGGAUCUGGCCUCAGACAUCACCAGAGGAAUGAUCUAUCUCCACUACAAGAACAUCUACCACAGAGAUCUGAACUCCAAGAACUGCCUCAUAAGGGUGACUGCCAGGGGAAGGGAGGCCUUAGUAACAGACUUUGGCUUGGCCAGGGAGGUGGUGGAACUUCCUGCCAAAGACAGGAAGCUGUCACUGGUUGGAUCAGCCUUCUGGAUGGCCCCAGAAAUGCUGCGUGGUGAACCAUAUGACCGCAAGGUCGAUGUAUUCUCCUUCGGGAUCGUAUUGUGUGAAAUUCUGGCCAGAAUCCCAGCAGACCCAGAAAUCCUUCCAAGAACUCAGGACUAUGGUUUGGAUGUGUCUGCCUUCAGGCAGAUGGUUAACGGUUGUCCUGCACGUGUGCUGGACCUGGCAGCGAGCUGUUGUUUGUUGGAGGCGUUCCGGAGGCCGUCAUUUGUGGAGCUCCUGGAUGAGCUGUCAGAAGUAGCAGAGACUCUGGAGCCGCCCCCACAGACAGAGCUGACCAAUGGCUGAGCGCUGUCACGCCCUCGCCACUGUUCCAUCAGCCCAGGGUGUGGUUCUGUACAUAGGCCUAGAGGAGAGGGGUGGAGAGCAAUGUGGGGGAUGAUGGGUGGCACCUACAGCUCACUUUAUAGAAAGUCUUCUCCCAGAACUGGGCAGGAUGGAUGGGCAGGGACGUUGCAGAUCGACCCACAGAUCUUUCAGGGCUGCAGUGCAGAUGCUCCUGGAUGACCUCCCUGACCUUUCCGUCAGGCUUGGGUAGUAGGAACUGCAUAACAUAGAAUGUUAAGCCAGGAUGCCAAAGGGCGAACCUAUCGAUUGUUCAAGGGAGAAUUGUGAUCUGCUUCCUGCUCCCGGUUUGCACAAACAUUUCUACAGGACAUUUGAUUUACAAGUUGUGUGUGUGACUUGUCAGAGUCAGCGUCUUUGGCCUUCAGAACUUAAGAAAUGCAGUUAGGCAGAAAUAGAUAUAGCGGAGCCAAAGCUUCGUUGAUGCUUUAUUCUACCGAGCUCAGAACUGCAAAUACUUCAUGGACAGUAUGUACUAACUUUCUCUUUUGCAGUGUGUCAGGGUUUUUAUUGUGUUUUUACCCCAUGCCUUGAACAGCCGCAAUUUUUGAGACUUAGCUGCACCAGUUGUACUGAAUAGAUUUGUAUCCUGAUUUUUUUUUUUUUUUUUAUAAAUCUAAUCCAAA